UCUUAUCUACUUAAAUUCUCCAACUCUACUUGGCAUUUCAUUUAUUUAUCGUUUAAAUGUAGUUAAGUGUAAUGUAAGGGACCGAUUCGGACAAAGUGUGCCGAGCGUUCCAUCAGGGCUAAAAUGGUGCUCCUGUCUACUCACGCUCGUUUUCUCUGGUUUCGAGGCGUGCGGAGAUUUCGUCAUCAUUUUUUAAGUCUGCAGAGCUCCUAGUCGUGUGCCUUUAAAAACAAAAUACAAUAAUAAUAAUAUAUUAUUCGGAUAAAUCUGUUGACGAAACAGAUCCUGAUCUUUAGCAUUUUGCACUAGUUAGGGUAAGAGCAAGCCAAGAAUGACAGCAGGCGUUCGAACAUAGCCGUCAGCUCUCAUCAGCUGACCAGGUAAACAAACACAUGCGGGGCGACGCAAGGCUGCGGGUGGCGGCGGUCUGGAAACAAACUGUCAGGAGGUGGUGUGUGGAGGGCGGGUCUGCGGCCAGCGUCACCAGACUCCUCCCGAAGGGUUAUGACAUCACUGAGGAGCCUCACCCUCCAGAGGGCGGACCCAUCGUGGUAGGGAUCAGCUGGAUGAUCAAGAAUGUCUACGAGGUCAACUUUCGUGAGAUGUCCGUGGUGCUGUCUAUGUACUUCCGGAUGUCGUGGGCGGAGCCGCGGCUCGUGGGCGUGCCGCAGGAGGGUGAGGGCGCGGGGGAGAGCGGCAUGAUGCCUCUCCACUCCGACCUGACCAAGCACGCCUGGACGCCCGACCUGUACUUCCACGAGGCGCAGGACAUCAAGUCCUUCAAGAUGAUCGAGGAGGUGCAAGGGGUCUACCUCCGCCCCCCCAACACCUUCUUCUUCUCCACCCUGCUGCAGGUCCGACUGGCUUGUCCCAUGUACUUCUCCAGCUACCCCUUCGACGUCCAGGUCUGCCCCAUGACCGUCACCUCUUACAAGUUCGACGAGGACUCGCUCCAGCUGGAGUGGAUGCCGGAGUUGGUGUCGGCGGACCUCGGGGUCGACGACCAAAUGCCCAACUACGCGUUCAGUGUGGAGUGGACGAACGUGACGACCAAGUACUGGUGCAACAACUGCUCCUUCGCACCGUCGUCGAUGGGGCAGGCGCGGAUUGUGCUGGUACGGCGGUACGCCCUGCACGUGCUGAGCGUCUACGUGCCCUCGGCCCUGUUCGUGGCGGUGGCGUGGGCGUCCUUCUUCUGGCCCCCGGACGUCAUCCCUGGACGCACCGUCCUCAUCAUCACCUCCCUCCUCACCGUCAUCUCCAUGUACGCCGCCAUCGGGAUUCAGAAGAGAGAGAAGGAAGGCAAAGUGAGCGAGGUGUCGCCCAAGAACAUCUCGGUGAUGUGCAGCCACUGCCUGACGGAGGAGGUCCCGGCCACCACAGCGACGCCCUCGUCAGCCGGGCCCAACUCGCAGGGCCCCGCUGCCAUGUACGCGAAGGGCCCGCGCCGGCCGCCGCCCCACGCCCUGGUGCUGCAGGUGUGGUGGGUGGAGUGGGCGGGCAGGCUGGGCGUCCCCAUCAUCUUCUUGUUCUGUAACAUCGUCUACUGGUCCAUCUACCUGUCCUGAGCCCGGACACCCGCCCUCUCUACUCGCGCCUCAAGGCUUUCCCCGUGACCUCUGUUGCCUCCCAGUGUCAGCUGUGACCUCCCGGUGUCAGCUGUGACCGUUCACUGUCAGCUGUGACACCUUCGGCGUCAAAUCUGAUCUUGCACUUAUAUUAGUGCGUCGUUUUCGUUAUUCUCUACAAGAAGUUUCCCACCUCUUCUUAGAGACCUGUUCUAGAGCAACCGGCCCCGAGUUGACGUGUCUAACCGUCUAUAACUAAUACAACUUAGUGUUUAAAUCUUGCUCUCAGACGAUAGUUGAGUCGUUGAUUGUGCUAACUCUGAGAGCAGUUCAAACUUGGUUGAUGUUUUCUUAAUAUAGUUAGAGUGAGUGUCCGAGCAUACUAAGGCCCAUGUCCUCAGGUGAGCGGAGGAGAGGAAAAGUGAUGAUAGUGAUCAUAAUGAUCAGUGAGCAUAAUGAUCAGUGAUCAUAAUGAUCAGUGAACAGAGUCAUAGAUCACCUGGUUGUCGUGUGCUCCAGCGGUCCCUUGCCUUAAUAGACACGACUCGUUACUCACACAACACUGGACUUGUCUUAAUUACACCACCAGAUUUGGGUAUUUCAGAACAUGAGAUUUACGUUGAUCAGAACACUAUAUUUACGUUUGGUCCAACUGCUUGACAAGACGAGUCCAAAUAAAGCAAGAACACACACACAGGAGACAGCUGCAAUAAAGCAAGAACACAUGGGAGACGUCUUCAAUAAAGCUGGGCAACACCUUUGGGGUAUAAAACAAAUUUAACCCCGCGCCCCGCGUUCAUUUCCUAUAGGAGCUCAAGUUAAUGAUGCGCUUAGAUCCUUUAGACUCCUGGCACGCUAAGAUUGUCGUACCUGCACGACAACAAUUUUGCGUAAUGUUUUAUGAAUAUACUUUGGAAUUUGUAAAUAUUUGGGUAUAGUCGAUUGGCAAGACCUACCUGGCGAUGCGGUUAUCUUGCGAGGAUUUCGGGGCUCAACGUCCUCGCGUCCCGGUCCUCGACCAGGCCUCCCGAGACCUGCUGUGAGAAGCACAAGCUUUCUGUUCCCUGUAGCAGUGAGUCGCCCAGGGGAGGAGGGGGAGCGUGUCGCCCCUCAGGAGGGCUCGGCUGGCUCCUGGCAGCUCACCAUAAUUGUGCCUAUUUUGGUGCGUAAAUUGCGAGCGCUAAUGGAGGUGUUAUAGUUGACCUUUCCGCGCCUCGUGCGUAUGAACCGGGACCUCUGCUGUACCCUCCGUAUGAACCGGGACCUCUGCUGUACCCUCCGUAUGAACCGGGACCUCUUCUGUGGCCUCCGUAUGAACCGGGACCUCUGCUGUACCCUCCGUAUGAACCGGGACCUCUGCUGUACCCUCCGUAUGAACCGGGACCUCUUCUGUGGCCUCCGUAUGAACCGGGACCUCUGCUGUACCCUCCGUAUGAACCGGGACCUCUGCUGUACCCUCCGUAUGAACCGGGACCUCUGCUGUACCCUCCGUAUGAACCGGGACCUCUGCUGUACCCUCCGUAUGAACCGGGACCUCUUCUGUAGCCUCCGUAUGAACCGGGACCUCUGCUGUACCCUCCGUAUGAACCGAGACCUCUGUUGUGCCCUCCGUAUGAACCGGGACCUCUGCUGUACCCUCCGUAUGAACCGGGACCUCUGCUGUACCCUCCGUAUGAACCGGGACCUCUUCUGUAGCCUCCGUAUGAACCGGGACCUCUGCUGUACCCUCCGUAUGAACCGGGACCUCUGCUGUGCCCUCCGUAUGAACCGGGACCUCUGCUGUACCCUCCGUAUGAACCGGGACCUCUGCUGUACCCUUCGUAUGAACCGGGACCUCUGCUGUACCCUCCAUAUGAACCGGGACUUCUGCUGUGCCCUCCGUAUGAACUGGGACCUCUGCUGUACCCUCCGUAUGAACCGGGACCUCUGCUGUACCCUCCGUAUGAACCGGGACCUCUGCUGUACCCUCCGUAUGAACCAGGACUUCUGCUGUGCCCUCCGUAUGAACCGGGACCUCUGCUGUGCCCUCCAUAUGAACCGGGACCUCUUCUGUACCCCUCGGUAUGAACCAGGUCCUCUGCUGUACCCCUCCGCAUGAACCAGGACCUCUUCUGUAGCCUCCGUAUGAACCGGGACCUCUGCUGUACCCUCCGUAUGAACCGGGACCUCUUCUGUGCCCUCCGUAUGAACCGGGACCUCUUCUGUACCCCUCUGUAUGAACCGGGACCUCUUCUGUACCCCUCUGUAUGAACCGGAACCUCUGCUGUACCCCUCUGUAUGAACCGGAACCUCUGCUGUACCCCUCUGUAUGAACCGGAACCUCUGCUGUACCCCUCUGUAUGAACCGGAACCUCUGCUGUACCCCUCUGUAUGAACCGGAACCUCUGCUGUACCCUGGCCGUAGACCUGACCUCACUAACCCACCAUUCUCAUCACUGAGCACUGUAACCUGUUCUAUGUAGUUGUUGUAUAAAUGUUCUCUGUACUUAGUGAUAACCUGUUACCUGUAGUUAACCUAUAGGCCUACCUGUUAUAUGUAGUUAAUGUAUAGGCCUACCUGCGGCCUGUAUUUUGUGUAUACUUGUUUACUGUAGGUACUAUACAACUUUGUGUUAUUAGUUUAACUGUUUUCUGUAAUCAGUCUGUUAGCUGAUUUCUGUAAUGUAUCUGUAAUUGUCUUUUGUAAUUGUUGUUAAGGUGUUGUGGUUGUUGUAGAUGUUGUGUAGGUCUUUGUUGUAACCAGUCGUUGUUAUUAUAGAUAACUGGAGUAUUAUCCAGUGAUAUUAUUCUAACUGGAUAUUAUUAUGUAUUAUUCAGACCUAAGGGCCGACGGGUCCUUAGGUCUGGUGUGGUCUUGACUAUCUGGUCAAGAUGGUCAACUUUUAACUAAUAUGUCGUCGUAUGUUUUAAGGAAUCGACCAUUUUCGUUAAAAAAUUGCGACGUAUUAAUACAAAUCAAAGCACUGGGUUUAUGAGAGUACACAGCAUGAUGUGUUUACAGUCUUGUUAAGCCACUAACACUCACAGCGUCUCGGGCAGGUCCUUAAGCUUAUAGGUAAUAUUAAAUAGGUAAUUUCUAGCAAAAUUUAUAAAAUGUUAACAGGUACAUUGUAAGAAAAUUUGACAAAGAUAAGUAGGCACUUUAAAAUACAUUAAGGCACACAUAAAGCCUGGAUGACACGUUCUGAAGCUCUUGGAUAUAUCAUUGCUUAACUCUGGGCUGAAAUAUAUAUA